CGCAGGGUGCAGGUGGUCCGAGGAGAAUUGCACUCUCUUUGCCUUCGAUCACACGUCAUCGCAACCGAGGAGCAUGAAUAAUUUUUUUGGAUGCUUGCUUGGUCACUGAGAGUGCAUAUCACGUGAUAAGUAAACAAUUUACUUUAUAAGUUCCACAAACAGUUGGAACCCCACCAUUGUUAUAUUUUUGCGGGCAGACAUUUCUCACUCCACUGCUCAUCAAUGGAGGCUGCUCACCUUCUCCCUCACUCUCCUAGCAUUCCCAAAACUCUAAAACAUACUUCAUCCCCAAAACCAUUUGCCCCAACACCCACUCUAUCCUUGAGAUCAUUUCCAAGACCCUUUAAUCUAAACCUUAGGGCAGUUCUGUCUCAAAGCAGCACACCAGUACUCACCUCUGACUCUAAAACUCAGAAGUUUCAGCACUGUUUUACCAAAAAGGAAGAUGGGUUUUUGUACUGUGAGGAUCUUAAAGUCCAAGACAUAAUGAAUGCAGCGGAGAGAAAGAGAAGGCCAUUUUAUCUAUAUAGUAAGCCCCAAAUUACCAGAAAUUUUGAAGCAUAUAGAGAGGCUUUGGAAGGGUUGAGAUCAAUUAUUGGGUAUGCAAUUAAGGCAAAUAAUAAUCUGAAGAUUUUGGAGCAUUUGAGGAAGUUGGGGUGUGGUGCUGUGCUUGUAAGUGGGAAUGAGCUGAGACUGGCACUUCAUGCCGGGUUUGAUCCCACCAGGUGUAUCUUUAAUGGAAAUGGAAAGCUCUUGGAUGAUUUGGUGCUUGCUGCCGAAGAAGGUGUUUUUGUCAAUGUUGAUAGUGAAUUUGACUUCGAUAAUAUUGUUUCUGCUGCGAGAAUUGCAGGCAAAAAGGUUAAUGUUUUGCUUCGGAUCAACCCAGAUGUGGACCCUCAGGUCCAUCCUUAUGUUGCCACUGGGAACAAGAACUCCAAAUUUGGUAUUAGAAAUGAGAAGCUGCAGUGGUUUCUAGAUGCUGUGAAGGCACAUCCUACUGAGCUGAAGCUUGUGGGAGCACACUGCCAUCUUGGAUCUACCAUUACCAAGGUUGACAUAUUUAGGGAUGCUGCAGUCCUUAUGGUGGAAUACAUUGAUCAAAUCCGAGCCCAGGGCUUCGAAAUAGAGUAUUUAAACAUUGGAGGUGGUCUGGGGAUUGAUUAUUAUCACAGCGAUGCUGUCCUUCCCACUCCCAGAGAUCUCAUUGACACUGUUCGGGAGCUGGUACAGUCGCGAGAUCUCAAUCUCAUCAUCGAGCCUGGGAGAUCACUAAUUGCAAAUACCUGCUGUCUGGUUAAUCAUGUAACGGGAGUCAAAACAAAUGGGACAAAAAAUUUUAUUGUGGUUGAUGGCAGCAUGGCAGAGCUUAUCCGUCCCAGUCUAUAUGGUGCUUAUCAACACAUAGAAUUGGUUUCUCCUUCACCCCCUGAUGCUGAGAUCACCACUUUUGAUGUGGUGGGCCCCAUCUGUGAAUCAGCAGAUUUCUUGGGAAAGGAUCGAGAACUUCCAACUCCUGCUAAGGGAGAUGGCUUGGUUGUUCAUGAUGCAGGUGCUUACUGCAUGAGCAUGGCAUCAACUUACAAUCUCAAAAUGCGCCCACCUGAGUACUGGGUUCAAGAAGAUGGAUCCUUGGCCAAAAUCCGGCACAGUGAGACAUUUGAAGACCACAUGCAGUUCUUCCAGGGCCUUUGAUAAACCAUGUUAUCUGCAUCAGGCUUAGGGGAUUAAACUUCGCUCGUAAUUUAUGCACGGUACGUACUUCCUGGAAUUAGAUAUUUAGGAUGUGAACAUGCAUUGGGUCAGUAGCUGAAUUUUUAUGUAUCAGCUCUAUCUGUGAAGCUGUUGUGGUUUAUUAUCCUUAUGGGUUGAGUGGCAAGGAAUGAGGGAUAGAGUUUACCUAUCAGGGUUUCGAAUUGGUGGUGCUUUUUGACUUUAGGGUUCAGGGUUUUUGAAGAAAAUGUAAUUUUUGGCCUAUGAGGGGAAAAACUCUCAUUAUCAGAAGAUGCCCAGAUGCCAUAGCAUGAAACUUUUGAAAUAAUCAAAAGCCUUCUGAUUUGUUGCAGAACUGAUGGCCUCCCAUAUGUGUCCAUGACUAGACUAUUAAAUCUGAUUCCGACUGCCCAUGACUGAUUCUUUACCAAGAAAGCUUAUCUUUCAAAUUAUUGAAACCAUUGAAAGAAA